AUGGCAAGAGUCUUAGAGAAGACCAAGUUAGAAGUUAAUAGCCAGAAGAGCCAGCCGGUGAGAGUGGGAGGACUAGUAGUGUCCAGAGGUGGUUCCAGUUCUAGGAGGACUCCCUACUCUAGGCCUCCUUCUCAUGGGUCUAUGGGUUCCUUCUCUCAGUCUUCAGUGCCCUCAAGGCAGUCCACUCAUUCUGGGGGAGGUGUAAUAUUUGUCGUGGUGAGGGACAUUAUGGCAAGGACUGUCCUACUGUCAGAAGAACAGGCUUCAAGAAGGGUGUACGCAUUAUUUGGGUCAGAGGCAGCUAGCUCAGGUACUCUUAUUGUUGGAAGUUGUUUGCUGAAUGGUAAAGAAUGUUGCGUGUUAUUUGAUUUUGGAGCGACACACUCCUUUGUGUUUGAAGAUUGUUUUGCUGAUUUGGGUUUGGUUGUGAGAGAGUUACAAUAUGAUUUGGCUGUAGCUACUCCCACUUCAGGGUUGGUUAAGACAUCUACAUUGUGUUCUAGAUGUUCAGUGGUAGUAGAAGAGCGUCAAUUCAAGGUAAACCUCAUCUGUUUACCUUUGCAAGGUUUAGAUGUGAUCUUGGGGAUGGAUUGGUUAUCUGCCAAUCGUAUUCUCAUAGACUGCGGUGAGAAGAAGUUAGUAUUUUCUGAAGAAGAAGAGACAGUGUUGUUGUCUUCGGGGCAGCUGAAACAAGAAUUGGUUGAAGGAGCUUGUUGCUUUCUUGUGUUGUUGCAUAUGGCAAUUGAACAGAGUGGGCAUGGUUUAGAUCACUCAAUAGUGAGUGAUUUCUUGGAUGUGUUUCCUGAGGAAGUGUCGGGGUUGCCUCCUCAGAGGGAAGUCGAGUUCCUUAUUGAUCUGGUGCCUAAAGCAGGACCAUUAUCAAUAUCGCCUUAUAGAAUGACUCUAGCUGAGUUAGUUGAGCUGAAGAAGCAAAUUGAAGAUUUUCUUGAGAAAUAG